AUGGUGACUGGGAGGCUGUGCUGGGUACCGCUCCUGCUGGUGCUGGGCGUGGGGAGCGGCAGCGGCGGCGGCGGCGGCGGGGGCAGCCGGCGGCGCCGCCUCCUCGCCUCUAAAGUGAACAAGCACAAGCCAUGGAUUGAGACUUCGUAUCAUGGGGUCAUAACAGAGAACAACGACACAGUCAUUUUGGACCCACCACUUGUCGCCCUGGAUAAAGAUGCACCGGUUCCUUUUGCAGGGGAAAUCUGUGCAUUCAAGAUCCAUGGCCAGGAGCUGCCCUUCGAGGCUGUGGUGCUCAACAAGACGUCGGGAGAGGGCCGGCUCCGCGCCAGGAGCCCCAUCGACUGUGAGCUGCAAAAGGAGUACACGUUCAUUAUCCAGGCCUACGAUUGCGGCACGGGGCCCCAGGAGACGGCCUGGAAGAAAUCACACAAGGCCGUGGUCCAUAUCCAGGUGAAGGACGUCAAUGAGUUUGCUCCCACCUUCAAAGAGCCGGCCUACAAGGCCGUCGUGACAGAGGGCAAGAUCUACGACAGCAUCCUGCAGGUGGAGGCUGUCGAUGAGGACUGCUCCCCGCAGUACAGCCAGAUUUGCAACUAUGAAAUCGUCACAACUGAUGUGCCUUUUGCCAUCGACAGAAACGGCAACGUCAGGAACACAGAGAAGCUGAGCUAUGACAAGCAACGCCAGUAUGAGAUCCUGGCGACCGCCUACGACUGUGGACAGAAGCCUGCAGCACAGGACACCCUGGUGCAGGUGGACGUGAAGCCAGUUUGCAAGCCUGGCUGGCAAGAUUGGACCAAGAGGAUUGAGUACCAGCCUGGCUCGGGGAGCGUGCCCCUGUUCCCCAGCAUCCAGCUGGAGACGUGCGACGGGGCUGUGUCCUCCAUCCAGAUCACCACAGAGCUGCAGACCAACUACAUCGGGAAGGGCUGUGACCGCGAGACCUACUCUGAGAAAUCCCUUCAGAAAUUAUGUGGAGCCUCCUCUGGCAUCAUCGACCUCUUGCCGUCCCCCAGCGCCGCCACCAACUGGACCGCAGGACUGCUGGUGGACAGCAGCGAGAUGAUCUUCAAGUUCGACGGCAGGCAGGGUGCCAAGAUUCCUGACGGGGUUGUACCCAAGAACCUGACGGAUCAGUUCACUAUCACCAUGUGGAUGAAGCACGGCCCCAGCCCUGGCGUGAGAGCUGAGAAGGAAACCAUCCUCUGCAACUCAGAUAAAACCGAAAUGAACCGGCACCACUACGCCCUGUACGUGCACAACUGCCGCCUUGUCUUCCUCUUGCGCAAGGAUUUCGACCAGGCAGACACCUUCCGCCCCGCGGAGUUCCACUGGAAGCUGGACCAGAUUUGUGACAAAGAAUGGCAUUACUAUGUCAUCAAUGUGGAGUUUCCUGUGGUUACCUUAUACAUGGAUGGAGCAACGUAUGAACCAUAUCUGGUGACCAACGAUUGGCCCAUUCAUCCAUCUCACAUAGCCAUGCAACUUACGGUCGGCGCUUGUUGGCAAGGAGGAGAAGUCACCAAGCCGCGCUUUGCUCAAUUCUUCCACGGCAGCCUGGCCAGUCUCACCAUCCGCCCUGGCAAAAUGGACAGUCAGAAGGUGAUUUCCUGCCUGCAGGCCUGCAAGGAAGGGCUGGAUAUCAAUUCCCUGGAAAGCCUGGGCCAAGGAAUAAAGUAUCAUUUCAACCCCUCGCAGUCUGUCCUGGUGAUGGAAGGUGAUGACAUUGGGAACAUCAACCGUGCCCUCCAGAAGGUCUCCUACAUCAACUCCAGGCAGUUCCCAACCGCGGGUGUGCGGCGCCUGAAAGUCUCUUCCAAGGUCCAGUGCUUUGGAGAAGAUGUGUGUAUCAGCCUCCCCGACGUGGAUGCCUACGUGAUGGUGCUGCAGGCCGUCGAGCCCCAGAUCACCCUCCAUGGUACGGACCGCUUCUGGAGACCCACUGCCCAGUUUGAAAGCGCCAAAGGGGUGACCCUCUUCCCCGACAUCAAGAUUGUGAGCACCUUCGCCAAAGCCGAGGACCCCGGUGACUUGAAGACCACAGCCCCCAAAUCAGCAGUUUUUGAAGAAAUGCUUCACAACUUAGAUUUCUGUGACAUUUUAGUGCUGGGAGGGGACUUGGACCCCAAACAGGAGUGCUUGGAGCUCAACCACAGUGAGCUCCACCAGCGACACCUGGACGCCACCAACUCCACGGCCGGCUAUUCCAUCUACGGUGUGGGCUCCAUGAGCCGCUAUGAGCAGGUGCUACGUCACAUCCGCUACCGCAACUGGCAUCCAACUGCCCUGGAGGCCCGGCGGUUCAGGAUCAAGUGCUCGGAACUCAAUGGGCGCUACACCAGCAACGAGUUCAACUUGGAGGUCAGCGUCCUCCAUGAGGUCAGAGUCUCAGACAAGGAGCAUGUCAACCACCUCAUCGUGCAGCCGCCCUUCCUCCAGUCUGUCCACCACCCAGAGUCCCAGACUAGCAUCCAGCGCAGUUCAGUGGUCCCGAGCAUUGCCACGGUGGUCAUCAUCAUCUCCGUGUGCAUGCUGGUGUUUGUCGUGGCCAUGGGCAUGUACCGGGUCCGGAUCGCCCACCAGCACUUCACCCAGGAGUCUGAGGCUGCCAAGGAAGCCGAGAUGGAUUGGGAUGACUCGUCACUUACUAUCACGGUCAACCCCAUGGAGAAACACGGAGCCCCAGGGCGUGGGGAAGAUGAGACCGAGGAAGAGGAGGAGGAGGAAGACCUAAGCUCGAGCAGCAGCGACUCCGAGGGCAGUGGCGAGGAGGAGGAGGAGGAUGGGGUGGGCAGGGGCAGACACGGGCAGAGCGGAGCCAGGCAAGCCCAGCUGGAGUGGGACGACUCCACCCUCCCCUACUAGUGCCCCACCGUCUGCGCCCGCCCACGUGUCCCUUUUGGAAGCCCCGCCCCGAUGUACGCCCCAGCCUAUCACGUCGCCUCUGAUUUCUAUGACAGGUCCCGGCAGGCUUUCCCCAGCAUCCUGGAACCCACCCUUUACGCCUUGGGUACUCCCCGCGUCCCAGACCUGGGGCAGUUCUCAGAAGCCCAGCGUCAUCCUCACUGGGGACUUCAGGGUAGACUUUGUCCUGUGGCCCCCACUUCUCUUGCACUGGGCUCACCCAGCAGCCUGUCAGUGGAUCCGUGGGUACCGUGUUUGCUCUUCCCUGCAGGGGAGAAGUUCAGCCUUUCUGUCGCUCCCCUACCUGGGCUCCACGUUCUCAGGGCCCUGAGGUUCCAACCCACUGUGCAGGCACUGACUCCGCGGUGUCUCCACACCGACCAUCAGGUUCUUCGCACCUGACUCUCCAGGCUGCUUCCUACAAGCAGGAUGGUCAGACUCCACACACCCGAGGUCUAAGUCCUCAACACUUCAAAGGAACGUCCGUACCGAGGUGGAAUUAAGUUUGCAGGGAAAGGCUCGCCUAGGCUUCCCCCACUGCUCCCCACCGCCAUACACACGUGCUCUCCCAUUUUGGAGAGCCUUUCCCUUUGUCCUUUUUGAGGCCACAGAAGCUCAUAUGAAAAGUCCGAAACGAAGAGCAGGCCCUUGGCCACAGCAGGGCCUGGUUCCAGCCAAAGUUCUGAGAACCUGCCUUACUGGUAGCCACUGAGACCCACGGUGCUGCCCUGCUGGGGGCUCCCACCACACGACACCAUGAGGGCCAGGAAGCAUUGCACACAGCCACUGCCCUGGGUGACAGCUGUGACAAGCCUACAGCCAGGGAUCAGAAGGAAGGGCUUCAUGGUGGACGCAGAGCUGGGUGACAGGGUGGCUUGGCUCUCCCGGGCCAGAGGGAGACCCCAAGGUUGACAAGGCUCUCACUGUCUAGUCUUAGGGUCCCUCGUCCCCUAGUUCACAGUUUUGCCUCCUGAAAAGAUACACUCCUCUUGGAUGUUUUGGAACAAGCAUGAACUGCGCUGAGUCUAAAAUAAGAGUUUGGAGAUUUAACUGCUAGAAAUUAGAAGCAUCUUUGCCAUAAUAACAGCUUCUUUCUUCUUCUCAGAAAAGGAGCAAUGCUUUGGGUGGAGGGCAAAU